AAAGAAAUCCCUUAUUGUGGUACAGAUGGAUUUAAAAAAGUAUUAGAUCUUUCCGAUGAACACUACUAGAGUGCUCUGCUCUUGGUUGGAUUACUCAGAGAAUGGCAGUGGUCUCUGCAAUGUCCUGGGUCCUGUAUUUGUGGAUAAGUGCCUGUGCAAUGCUGCUCUGUCAGGGGUCCCUCCAUCACACUUUCCAGCAGCAUCACCUGCACAGACCAGAAGGAGGAACGUGUGAAGUUAUAGCAGCACACAGAUGCUGUAAUAAGAAUCGAAUUGAGGAAAGAUCACAAACAGUAAAAUGCUCCUGUCUACCUGGGAAAGUGGCUGGGACUACAAGAAACAGACCUUCCUGUGUUGAUGCUUCUAUAGUGAUUGGGAAAUGGUGGUGUGAGAUGGAGCCCUGCCUAGAAGGAGAGGAAUGUAAGACAUUGCCGGAUAAUUCUGGAUGGAUGUGUGCGACUGGCAAUAAAAUCAAGACCACCAGAAUCCACCCAAGGACUUAACAGAGUGCCCACGUCUGCAUGGAGACAGUGAAAGCCCUGCUGAUUUAUGAGGACAAAGUAUUGAAAGUUUAAAACCAUCUCAGCAUUUACAAGCCAAAUGGAUUUCUUAUUUGCACUUUGACUGUUUACCAGAAAACAACAGUGGCUUUACUGUAUGAGAGAAAGGAUUCGGUGAAAAUAAUGGCCCUGAUUUUUGACAACUGAAAAUAAAAAAUGAAGAAAGUGGUUCCUUUGGUAAAGUUUCUGAGAUUAUGAAGUACAAGCAACAGUAUAAGUUUGGAUCUACAAUUUACUUUAUACCAGUUAAAUUAUAUAUAUAUAUAGAAAUAUAUAUAUAUUAAUAUAUGAUAUUUUGAAAUAAAAGCCUCACUCUUCAAGAAAUUGAAUAGUACCACACUUUGCUGCAGCUGCUGUAUUUUUAUUUUUUUUUUUCCUUUUUUGCAAUGGUCUGGAAGUUCCCUACCUGUUUGAGAGAGAAAUGUGGCAGUGAAGAGGCAAAGCAAACCUGCUGUGGUACAAGGACGCCUAAGAGCUACACGAAUCCUACCGAUGCAGCAUCCAGAGCUUCCUGUUCCCUUCGGCAGAAUUUUGAGGGCAUUUGUUGUUCCACUUUGUGUUCUGGAGGCUUUUCCCCUUGUGCAAUACUAGCAUGCUGGCUUUGCUUCAUUAACCAUACUUGAUUGAUAUAUAACAAUGAUAAUUCUAUCCUCCUCCAAGAAAAUAUUUUUAGAGCUGUUAGAUAUUCCAUGAAGAAGAGAUGGACAACUACUGAGUGAAGUACAGUAUGUAUUAAAAGUUUAUUUGGCAGAGUUUGGUAGACUGUGAGCUCCCUUCUUAUUAAAAGAUGUACUGUACGUA